AUGGUAAAGAAUACAUUGGAAAAGAAAAGCGCUAUGGAUAUUGUGUAAUUGAUGCUAUUAAAUAUGAUUCAAUUGACUUUUGUAAAAGUGAUUAUGAGCCUGUUUGUAUAUCUUAAGAUAGAAAAAGCUGUAUAAAAGUUUAAAAAAGUGAUCACAUAGUAGCUAUAUUACAUUCAGGAAAUGUCUGUAUAGGUCAGAAUGAAUUUACAUCUAAUUUUAAUUCACCGCAAAGUCAAGCAAAUUAAAAUGUAUUUGUAUUAUCUUUAUGCAAUUAUUUAGAAGGUGGAUAAUUUAGAAAGUGUAGAUAAAAAACAUCCUGUUAUUUAGUGGGGAAUUACUUCUCUUGGAUUUUGCGUCUUUUAAAAUUAAUUCUAUCUUCACAAAGUAUAUUGUAAUGAAAGUUUAUGCCAAAUAAAAAACUCAUAGGACUAGUACGCAUGUCUUAGUUAUUUGAAUUCAGACAUUGUUGGAAAGACUAUUGAUAAUUAGUGCAUUUAUCAAGGAUAAUAUUUUCCAAAAGAAACUUUGAUAAGUUGCAAAGGAUAAUAUUGUAUUUUUGAAGAAGGUUAGUAUAAAAGUUGUUUGAAGACUGAUGGAACAAAUAAUCCUUAUAUAUAUGGAGUAAGCUAAGAAGGACUUUGUCUAAUUUAGAUCAGAAAGAAAAAAUAUCCUUUUAUUUUAUAACUAAAUACUUGCCUUUCAUAGUAAUGCUUUAAUGUUAAUUCUUGUGUUAAUUUAUCUUAAUAAUAUCCUGCUAAAUUAAAUGAUAACACCUGUGCAUAGCUAAAUUCAUAAAACUCAAUUUAAUGUUACACUUAACUUCCAGCUUGCUUGUCUUCAAACUCUACAUGUCUGUAAGUGUCAAGUUCGAACUCUAACUCUGUUGGUUUAAGGACAAAUGGAAUGUGUGCAGUAGCAAAUUAAUAUUAUAAUGAUUUGUAAUCAUGUAGCUAAGGUUAUUGUAUUAAAUAAUCAUCUGGAACAAAAGGGUGUUUUCUUUUCGAUGGGUCUGACAGUGCAAUUGGAAUAGAUAAUAAUGGUAAUUGUGCUGAUUCUAAUACUAUUGCGAGUAGUUGUUUUAAUUCUUAAAAUAUUUGUAAGGAUAUCCAAACCGCUAAAUGUACUAGAAUUAAUUCAAAUUCUGUCUUUAAUAAUAUUUGUAUUUUAAAUGGAUCUUGCUAUAUUAUGUCAAAAUAAUAAUAUGUUGGUAGAGAUAUUUAGUAUUAGUGCUUACAAAAUAAAUAGACAAGUGCGAAUACAUUACUAAAUUGCUGUGAUGAUAUUUAAAGUGUAUGCAAAACAAGUGAUCUUAAGGUAUGUAUAAUUUAUGCAUAAGAUUCUACAUACUUAGGAUAUAUUUCUAGGACAGGAAUUUGUGCAUAACUUGGUGUUAAAACAUCAACGAGUGGAUUUGAAAGUAUUACCAACUUGAAUAUAAACUAUUGUUAAGAUGAUUCAUACACAAUCUAGCCUAUAAUUCCUUUAUAUGCAGGAAGAGAUUAGUUAUAUUCAAGGUGCCUAAAAGCUGAUUAAACUUAAUACCAAAAGGUUGAAUUGUGUGCAAAAGAUUACUGUAUAGCAAAUAAUAGUUGUAAAUUGAUUGGAUUUGAUGGAGUACUAAUAGCUAAAUUGUCAAACAGUUAAUGUGCUUAAGCAUAACAAUCUGAUUCUGUAUAAUGCGCCUUUAAAAAUUAUAACUGCUGCUUACAAAAUUCAACAUGCAAUUUAUUAUCUAGUUCAAAUCAAAAUUUUUCGGGAGUUGACAUAAAUGGAAACUGUUUAUCCAGGUCAUAAAGUGUUCUUUCUUCAAAUUUAUUCAAGUGUGCAGAUUAUCAUUGCAAAUAUUCAACUGGUUAAGGAUAAUAAGCGUGUUAUCUUUUAAAUGGUACAGCAGGGUUAGUUGGGUCGGAUUCUUCAUAAAAUUGCUUAGAUUAUAAUAUAAAAUAAGCUACUCAAUGUGCUUAAUUGUCAGUUGCUUGUUUGGAUAGUAAUACACAAACAUGUUAAUAAACUGUGAAUUAUGGACAAGUUGGUAAUGGAUGCUCUUUAAACGGUUUUUGUAAAACAAUAUCACUUUAAUUAUAUGUUGGUAGAGAUACUAAUAAUUAGUGCUUAACAGUAAAUUAAACAGCUUAAAGUGGUACUGUUGAUAAAUGUUUAAAUGAUCCAUAAAAUAUUUGUUUAACAAAUGACAAGAAAUAAUGUAUCUUGUAUCCUUAGUCGUCAUAGUAUUUAGGGUUUAUUCAAAGCACUGGAAUUUGUGCUUAAUAAGGUUAAAAAACUUCUACUUAGGCUCUUUAAACUAUUGUUAAUUUGAACAAAGGAUAUUGCUAAGAUAAUUAAUUUAUAAUUUAAUAAUUGUUACCUCCAAAUGUUGGAAGAGAUACAGUAAACUAAUUAUGCCUCUAAGAAACAACAGAGUCAUCAUAAAUUGAAUUAUGUGCUCAAGGAUAUUGUGUUGCAAAUAAUAAAUGCUAACCUAUUGGUUUUGAUAAAAAACUUAUUGCAAAACUUUCAAAUUAAUAAUGUGGUUUAGAUUAAACAUUCACAGCAAUAGAAUGUGCAUAUUAAAGUUUGGAUGGAUAAGACAAUAGCGGAAACUGCUUGUAAAGAGGCUACUUCACACCUAGUUUGAGAAAAUGUUAAUAAGACCAUUGCAAAAAAAUUAACUUAUAACAAUAAACUGCUUGCGUAUAUUUAGAUGGGUCACCCAAUUAAAUUGGAAUAACAGCAGAUGGAUUAUGCUUAGAUAUAAAUAAAAAUCCAGCAAUAAGAUGUACUGUUUAGUUUAAUUAUAUAUGCUAUGAUAAGGACUCAUAGACAUGCAUAAAUCUCAAUUAAUCAACUAGAAAUAAUUAUUGCUAAUUAUAGGGAAUUUGCUAUUAAAUGAAUUUGAAUUAGUAUAUUGGUAGAGAUACAUAUUUAAAUUGUUUAACUUCAGGAUAAACACCAAACACAGGAUUCAUUUAGAAUUGUUUGGAUGAUCCUUAAAACAUAUGUUAAAAAAGCGAUAAAUUAUAAUGCAUAUAUUAUACUAACUAAUAAUGGAAAAAUAUUACUAAUUUGGAUAAUAAUUACUGCUAGGAUAAUAGCUUUGUCAUAAAAAAGAUAUAAAGUCCUUAUGUUGGUAGAGAAGUAUAAUAUUAAAGGUGUUUAAAAGCUGAUACUCCUCCAAAUCAACAAGUAGAUAUUUGCUCUAAAGGUAAUUAAUGCAAGCAAAUAGGUUUUGAUGGCAAAUUAAUAUCAAAACUAGAAAAUGGAAAGUGUGAUAUUGAUCAAUAAUAUCGUGCAAUUGAAUGUGCGUAUGAAACUUUAGAUACAUGUUUAUAUAACGGUUAGUGUUAUUGGUUAACUGAAUAAUACACUUUUGCAUCAGGAGUGGAUUAAUAUGGUAACUGUUUAGGAAGGGGUACGUUCUCACUAGACUUUAAGAAAUGUUAAUCAAAUCACUGUUUUAAAAUCUUACCCAAUUUUUCGUAAAGCCAAGAUGGAAAAGGAUGCUUUCUUCUAGAUGGAUCUGAGGGUUAGGCAGGUAUAAAUUCUACUGGAUAAUGUUUAGCUAUCAAUACUUCUCCUGCUUAGAGAUGUACAAAUAAAAUCAAUUCAAUUUGUUACGAUCCUGCUUCUUAAAAAUGUUAAACUACAAUAAAUUAUGGGUCUAUAGGAAACGGCUGUAUUUUUAAUGGUUAAUGUUAUUAAUUUUCAAUUCAAUUAUACAUUGGAAGAGAUAUAUAGCUUUAAUGCUUAGUUAAUAACUAGAUAACUAGUUAAGUAGAUGUUUGCUUUAAUGAUACGAAUAAUGUUUGCCUUAGCAAAAAUUAUAGCCAACAGUUAUGUACAUUAUAUAUACAGUCCUAAAAAUACUUAGGAUAUAUUUCAGAAAAUAAAAUGUGCGCUAUUUAAGACAAUAUUGCAUAUUAAUAGGGUUAACUGGCCAACUUAAUAAACUUAAAAUCUAACUUUUGCUAAGAUGCUGAUGGAUAUAUCCGAGCCUUAAGUAGCAGUCAAUAUGUUGGAGUAAGUAACCAAAAUUACAAAUGCUUAACUGUAAACUAAACCUCUACUAGCAAUAUUAUUUAAUGUUAUAUAGGAUUUUGUAUGAAUGUAAAUUAUUGUUAAGCUUAUGAUGAUACAUACAUUGGAAAAGCAAGUAACUAAACCUGUCUAAAAGUCAAAUAACCUUAAAGUAUUGAAUGUGCAGUAAAUUAUUGUAUAGAGCCAAAUACAUAAAGUUGUUAGUUAAUAAACGAUAAUGACCCAAAUUUUGCUGGUGUUUAGGGCAAUUAUAAAUGUGCAGUUAUUGGCCAAUAUUAUUCAUAAAUAUUGUAAUGUUCAAGCAAAUAUUGCCUUGAUUAUUAAGUUCCAGGUGAUCCUACCACUUAAUCAGGAUGCUUUCUUUGGGAUGCAUCUAUAAAAAGAAUAGGGGUGGAUAAAAAUGGAUAUUGCCUUUAUUAGGACUAGCCUAAUGCAAUCAAAUGUAUGCCAGGAUAGUUUUGCUUAAAUACUAGUUUUGGAAAUUCAUGCCAGUCUCUGUUAUUGUAAUUAGAUUAAGAUAGAUUUGCAAGAGAAAAAGAAACUGGUAAAUGCCUUCCUUAUUUUGAUCCAAAAUAUGAUGGAGGUGAUAUUGAAACUUGCGUAGAUGGUAGCUGCUUUUACACAGAUCAAAUUUCAAAGAAAAAUUUUUGUCUUUCUUAAGGUAUCUAUGCUUUGGGAGAUUUUAUUGUUGGAAUCGACACUUUAGGUUAGUGUUUAAUUAAAAACCAAAUAACGACAGUUUAAAUAAAAUCAUGUUUAGGCUUGACAUAUUGUGCUCUUGAUAUUGGAGGGGGGAAUUACAAAUGUCAAAAGCUUCAGUUAAGUGACCCUUAAUAUCCAAAUCUAGCUUAUUAAGCAAAAAAUAUUAACUAAACUUGUUAAGGUCUUAACAAAGAAAAUAGUAUUGGAUGUAUAGACGGUUUAUAUUGUAUCAAUCAAUAAACCAAUAAUAAAUGCGAAGUAAUGGACUCUAGUGACCCAAAUAAAAUAGGCAGAAACUUUUUUAACCAAUAAUGUCUUCCAUAAGGAGCUUAUGUUGCUAUAAUUUGCUAGAAUGAAUAUUGUAUAUCUUCUGGAGCAUGCUUACCUUUAUCAGAUAAAAAUCCAGGCUAAGAAAAUUUAACAUAAUUAUGUUUAAAAGAAUAAUCAUAAGGUUAAAAUGGAGCCUCUAAUUGUUAUAAAAAUGGGUAUUGUUUAUUGACAGAUCCUGUAACAAAUAAAUCAUCUUGUUACAAAUUAGACUUUAGUAAUCCAAAUACUAUUGGUAUAUAAAAAGACACUUAAUUAUGCUUAUAGAUGGGAUAACCCUAAGCAAUAAUGUGUGCAAUCGAAAAAUAUUGCUUAGAUCAAACAACAAAUACCUGCUAGUUAAUUGAUACAACUAAAGGGAUGUGCAUUGAUAAAAAUGGUUUUUGUGUGUAAAAUGGAUCCUGUUAUAAUUGUGAACUAAAUUAAUGCUUGUCUUAAUCAAUUAAAAAUACAUGCUAAGAUCUUUUAUCACCAUCAAUUAUAUAUUGCAAGGAUAUUAAAGGAUAUUGCUAAUAUCUAGAUUCUGGCCUUUGCGAUAUCUGUCCUGAUAAUUACUGCUUAAUUAAUAAAAUAUGUCUAACUUAAAAAAACUUAUUAAAAUUAAUUAAUAAUGGAUAGUGUUUUGAACAAAUCAAAAAGUUAAAAAUCUGUGUAAUUUAAAGUUUAAAUAUACCAAACUAGGUUGGAAAUAUGAAUUAUAUGAACAAUUAAAGCUUUUGUUAAGAUAUAUCAAUUAAUAAUAAUAAAUGUUUAUCAUGUCCUAUGUACUUUAUAAAUCCAGGAGAUUAAAAAUGCUACAGUUUAGAAUAAAAAUUAGAACAUUCACCUGAUCCUUAAUAAGUAUAUUUUCAAAUGCAAUUAAUUUAUGUUAAAUAAGACUGUUAUGAUUAAAACUAUUGUCUAGUAGACUAAUCUCUCAAGUGUCCAUUAGGUUGUUAUUCAUGCAACUCUCUUUCUUUCUGUACUUAAUGUAUUGAAGGUUACUUUUUAUAUCAAGAAUCCAAAACAAAAUCAGUUUGCAUAAAAUGCUUCAAUCAGCAGCCUCCUUAUUAAGAUUUAAAUUUAAGUCCUUAUUAUAAAUAAACUCCUACUUAUUAAUGCCUGGACUGCUCAUCAGAAUAUUCUUUAUGGUAGUAGAACCAAUCCUAAUAUAAAACAUGCUAGAAUUAUAUUUUAUAAUUAGAUUAAAAUUUACAAGUUGUAUUUUCAAAGUAUUAGUCAAUGAACUUCCUUGUUUAAUCAACAUCAGGCUCAUAUAGCAUUGUUCAAUAUUAGUCUAUGCUAUGUCCAGAAGGAUGCUUUUAAUGUAUACAAGAAUCUAAUUCAAAAGCAACUUGUAUCAAAUGUUAAGUUUAGUAUGUUUAAAAUGGAGGUAUUUGUGAAAAAUGCCCUGAUAAUUGUAAUACCUGUUAAUAUGCAGUAAUUAUAAAUGGAAUAGCUGUAUUUAAAAGCUAAAUAAACCUUAAUCAAAUGAAUGGAUUUUCAUUUGUGAAAAUAUGCUUAGAAUGUAAACCUAAAUACCUUAUUUCAUAUGAUCUAUUAUCAUGUGUUUAAUGCAGUUAAAAUUGUGAUAAAUGCUAAUAUGAAAAUUAAGAUGAGGUUCUAAAUAAUAAUAUAGAUUAACUAACUGCUUUAUCUUAUUACUAGUUUCUAACAAAAAAUUACAUAAAAAAGUGUAUGUAAUGCCCUUAAGGAUACUUUGUUUCCUUUGAUGGCUAGUCUUGUGAGUAAUAAGCACUAAAUUGCGAUUAUAACACUUUUAAAAUAGUAUAGUAGGGUACAUAGACUUAUGAUUUAACAGAAAAUAUUUGGUCAUUUGUAGAUGGUUCAUAAAAAAAUAUAGGUAUUAGCAAAAUUUGUAAAAGUUGUUCUUAUGGGUACAUAUUAGCAAGUGAUGAAAGUAAUUGUGAAUAUGGAUGUUAAUUGUAAUCUCAGCAAUUCAUGUGCAAUAAUUGUUUUACUACUUAAUCUCUUAAAGUUCAAUGCUAGUUUUGUAGUAAUGGAUAAAUAUUAAACCAAGCUUUGGUCCCCCCAAGAUGCUAAGAUGACCUUUGUAAAAACAAUAUUUUUGGAUGCUCAGAGUGCUAUAAAUAUUUAGACUUGAGUUUAAAUUUAAACAAUUAAGUUUAUUAAUGUACGAAAUGCUAAGAUGAACUAAGUAUUCCAUCUAUCUAUGGAUGCAUUAAAUGUCCAUAAGGAUGCUCCAGAUGCUAUGAAGGUACAAAUACAUUUAACUUCACAUCAUAAUUAAUAUAUAAAAGAAAACCAAUCACUGUUUAAGAUAGAUUAGAUUAUAAGAUUGCCGAAACAUGUGUAAACAAAAGCAAUGUCAGUUAGAAUCCAUUAUAUAUAUAUGAUGCUUAAUGCUUAUCAUGCAAAAAAACUUUAGAUAAAAGCUCUUUAUUAUAAAAUUAUAGUAUAACAUAUGAUAAAUCAAGAAGGAAAUGCUACUUAUGCUAAAAAUCAGAAUAGGGUUGCUACUAUAAGAAGUAAAAAAUAAUCUAUGCAUAAUGCUUAAGUCUAAAUAGUAGAUUAGGCAAUGGCUCAUAAAAAGAACCAAUUAACUUCAAUCGUUUAAAUGAAGUUAAUUUAAACUAAUUUAUCAUAAAUGAGCUAGAUUUUGAUCAAGCAGUUAUUUUUUAUAAUGAAUUAUAAGUUAAAGAGUUGGAGGUUUUAUUAAUAUUUGUUGAUAACAUUUGUUAAGAUCUAAAACCUCAAAACUUUACAAUUACUUUAAAGGAGAAAUUUAGAACUCUUUCAGCUAUCCUAAAUAUAACAACACUUUACUCGAAUUUUACUGUGGAUUUCUAGUAAUAAGGUGUUUUUAAUAUAUAAGGUUUUGACAAAAUUUUUAUUUAAAAUGUAAUUUUCUAACAGUAAAAAAGUGAUAAUAAGUUUGGAAUAAUGUCAAAUAAUGUUACUAACUACAACUUUAUGCAGUAGUAAGAUAGUAAAUUGAAUAUUACAAAUUAAACUUCAUACUUUGAAUAAAUUCAAGUUUUAGAUAACAUUGUGACAAUUGAUAGCUACUUUUUAUUAGAUUUUUAGACUGAUAAAAAUUCUAAUACAACUUUAAAUGGAAUAAUAAUUAAAAGAAAUCAAUUUUAUUCUGAGUUAACUUCAAUAAUAAUUCAACUUGAGAAAUAAAAUACAAUUUAAGUAAAUAAUAUUUCUUUAGCAGAUAAUCAAGAAUUUUUAUUCCUUUAAACUGAAAAUAUUUUUAACGUCACAAUUAGCUAAAUAAAUUUAUAAUAAACUGACUAAUAAUUUUUGACUCCAUAAAUAUGUUACUUAAAAUAAACUAUCUAGCAAAUAAACAUUAAAGACAUAGUCUAAUAAGGUAUAAAAGUAUCUAAAGUAUUAUUUAUCUUAGAAAAUAAUAUAAUUUAAUAGCAAAUUGCUCCUCUUGAAAUUGUAAUAACUAAUGUUAUCAGCAAUUAAAUAACAUUAGUAUUCAAAGAUAAUAAAGAAGAUUUAUCUAUUUUUUCUAUAAUUUCUAAGUUAAUCAGCAACAUAUAAAUUCAAAAUGUAUAGUUUUCUGGGUUUUAAGCUGAUAUUUUGAAUAAAAAAUCUAUUUUAGGGAAAGUAUCCUAAGGUUUUUACUUUAAUGCUCCUACUCUAGCUGUGGACCUUUAUAAUUCUAGUUUUAAUGAAAUGGAUGUUUAAAGUUAAUUUGGUUGGAUUAAUGGAUAAAUUCUUUCAAUAAAUAUAAGAUAUUGUAACUUUACUAAUUAAUAGAGUUAUCUUAACAUAUAAACUAGUAGAAAAGGUGGGUUUUUUAAUGUUUUAAGUAAAGUACUUCAUAUCUCUAAGUCUAAAUUUAUUAAUGUUAAUGCAUAAAUUGGAGGAGCAGUUUAUUGGACAGCAUAAAAUAAAGGUAGUUUUUCAUCAAUAGAGAGCGAAUAUUUAAGCAACAUAGCUUUUAGUAGUGAUGACUUAGAGACUCAAGGUGGAGCAAUAUUUAUUAAUGGAAGAUAAUCUUAAGGUUUUGAUGGAUAUAUAUUCAAAUCUAAUUUUUCUAAUAACAUUGCAUUUAACCAAGGAGGGGCUAUAUAGAUCUAACCUUCUGUUUUUUUUAAAACUGCCAUUACAAUUAAAAUGAGUCAUUUUAUUAAUAACUUCUCUAUAUACAGAGGAAGUAGUAUUAACAUACAAAAUUAAUCUAAUUCGAAAUCUUAUAUUAUAUUAAGUAGUUUAGUUAUUACUAGUUAAACUAAAUAUUUUAUAGAAGUAAUUGAGAUCCUUUAAAACAUUAUUCGGAAAUAAGUUUGGUUAUAAAUUUACUCAGUUGAUUCUUCAUUAAUUAAUAUACAAAAAGCUCAUGAUGUUGAAAUCAUAAAUUCGACAUUUUAGUUAUCAACAGACACAUCAUAUGAUUUCUAAAACUCUGAGAAUCUGAAAAUUAUUUUUUAAAAAAUUUUGAUAAUUUAAGAAGCUAUUAACUUUUAUGAUGUAUAAAAUAUUUAUUAGGAUAGUUACUUUUUAAGUAAUAUGAUUACAGUUACAGGCAUAGAGCAUUUUUAUAUCUAUGAUACUUUAAUUUAAAACAAUAGAAAUAUUUUAGAUAAUAUGCAUAAUCAAAGAUAAGAUAUAUAAAGCGCAGUAUUUUAUAAUAGCUAGAACAGCUAAAUUUAUAAAUUAAAUGUAGCUAAUAACAUAUGUUAAUAUUGUGUUUUUGGGACAAUUUAAAUAGCAGGUUCAAAAUUAGAAAUCUUAAAUUCUACUUUUAAUAACAAUAUAGCAUAUAAUGGACCAGGAUUAUAUUUAGAAUAAACUUAAUAAUACUUUGCAAACUCAAUUAAUGUAUAAUAAGUGUUUUUAGAUACGUUAAUAAUCAUUAAUUCUACUUUCAUUAAUAACUAAGCAAACUUAAACGGAGGAGCGAUAUACCUAAAAUAAUCUAGUAUGUUUAUUUAUGAAACUAUCUUUGAGUAAAAUAAAGCUAGCUAAUAUGGUGGAGCUAUUUUUUUAGAAAAUACAUAAAAGAAUAUUUUAAUAAAUUUAAUUAAUUUAAGUAACUGUACAUUCACUUAAAACUAAGCAAGUUAUGGAGGAGCAUUAGGGUCAACCACAGGAUAAAGAGUUAAUAGAUUUUCAAAUAAUACAUAUUAAAAUAAUAAGGCUUCUUAAUAUGGGGACAACAUUUAAACUUCACCAACAAAAUUUAGUGCUUCUGUAAAUGGCAAGCGUUCAUCAGACUCAAAUAUCUUAUAAAUAUAAAAUCAUUUUGGGGGGUAUAUUAAGGAAGAUAUAAUUUUAAGAUUGUGUAGUGAUUAGAAUCAAGAAAUUUUGAAUAUUCCUAAAUAGAGCUUUCUUUAAAUAACCAUAUUAGAAGGAAAUGGCUACUUAAAUUCAAAUAAAAUUUUAAGUUCAAAUGGUGAAUUUAAUUUAACUCAGUAAAUAAAAGUUUAUGGAAACUUUAAUUAAUAACUUAAGCUCUAAAUUACAAGCGAUUUAAUUCAAAUUCCCAUUUUCAAUUCAAGCUAAUACAUAAUUGGUUAUAGUAAUUAUUCGUUAAUUAUUGUUAUAGAUAUGGCUCAAAAUUGCUUAAUUGGCUAGACACCAAAAAAAUUUUAAUAAAAAUAUGAUUAAUGUUAAGACUGUAAAGAUACUAAAUAUAGCUUUAGUAUAACAAAUUAAUGUUAAUCGUGCCCUGAUUUGUCAGUUAAAUGUUAUAGAGAUAAGAUCUUUUUACCUUCAAAUUUAUGGAGAGUUAAUCAAUAAUCAAUCGUUUUAUACCCAUGUAAAAAUUGUGUAGGUGACAUUGAAAUAAGUUAAAUAAUAUAAACUGGCUAACUUUCACGCUAACUUUCACUUAAGCACGAUGAUAUGAAUUAUUAUUGCAAAUAAGGAUAUGUAGGAGCACUUUGCGAAGAUUGUGAUAGAAGUGGAGAAUAUUGGGGUGAAGCUUAUUACAUGAAAUUAGAUUAAAAAUAUGCAGUGACAUAAAAUUUACAGAAAUCAUUUAUCCUUUGA